CUCUCUCUCUCUUUCUUUCUUUUUCACGCGCGUAAGAAAUGUAAAUAAAAAUAACAGAUAAAAAAAAAAGAAAGAUUAAAUUAUUAAUGCAGAAAUAUAUAAAAAUGUUAUUAGAAAUUUUUCGUUUUACUACGAAAUAUUUUUUACGUAAUUUUUGGUAUUUAUUAUGUAACAUAAAAAAAAAUCCACGAAUAAUUCUCCCAAGUAAAACAAUUUUUCAAAUUGAAAGAUCAAGUGAACAUUUAAAUAAUUGUAAUUUGAUAAAGUGUCAAAAUCAAAAAUGUUUAAAACCAAAUUCCCUUUUCGAUAAUGUCAAUGGAAAAUUAAUAAAAAUAAAUGAAGCGACUUCACAGAAACCGGACGUUCCAAAUUUGGUGAUGCUUUUGCAAGCGAUUGGCUUUCAUCUUCGAGAAUUUGAAAAAAAAGAUUUAACACAAGACGAAAAUGAACCAUCAAAAGAAGCAAUUAAAGUGACAAUAAAAUGUGGUACUUCAAAAAUGAAAGCAGUUUUAGAAAUGGAUGGAAUUGAUUGUCAAUGUCCAAAUGAAGCUAAAGGAGGUUCAUUAUGGAGUAUAUGUGGUCACGCCCCCAACAGUAAUGAUAGCAUUGGCAGCUCAAAAUAUGAAGAAACCGGAAGUAAUCUUCUUCCAACAAUUCCUAAGGGGACGAACAAUGUCGUUAGGGAUGUUGUCUAUCGACUUUUGAAAAUGAUGAAGGAUCCAUCACCAAUUUCUAGUGCAAAAUCUGGUAAUGAUCUUGAUUUGUAUGCAGUUGGAAAUGUUGAAAAUACACCGGAAUUAAAUAAAUCAGUGAAUCAUGAAGGUCUCAGUCGUAGUCAUACUCAACCAAAUUUUUCAACUAUUCUCAGUCAUCCCCUCAAUAACAACAAAUUAUUGCCAACCAAGAAUACGUUUAAUUCAAAAUUAAACGAAAGUGAGACAAAAUUAUCCGAAGACAAUGACAAUGAAUUUAAUACAAUAAGAAAAUCUUUGAAGAGGCAAAAAACUUGGGAUAUGGAAUUAGAAUCGACAUCACCAAAAAUCACAAGUUCACCAACUUCUGUUGAUCAUAUGUGUAAUUCUUUAGAACAAAUCUCCCUAAGAAGUGAAGAUGAUUCCGGAGGAUUAAUUGAUUAUGUUUUGAGAGCUUACAAUAAUUUAGAUAAAGCCGUUUUUCUUCUAACAAAAAAAGCUCCCGUCACAUCUUCAACUCUAUCUUUAAAUGAUCAUAGUUUUGUGAAACCAACACCACCUCCGGCUAAAAGUAUUGCAAAUUCUUCAAUAAGUUCCAAAGCGAGUUCACGAUUAGGAUCUAUUUCUUCAGUGCCAAAUCGAAGAAGUAUCUCAUCACCAUUAACACGAAAAUUAACUGACAAAUCGUCGAUGAUAAAAAAUGAAAUCACAAAAACUCCAUCACGUCGACAAAGCACUCCCUUAGUGUCUUCAAUACCGCAAAAAGCAAUUCCCUCCAGAUUAUCAAUACCAAGGAGUCGAUCGUCAUCAAUUUCUGCAAUUAAUUCACCUUCUGUUAAUAAUAAUAAUAAUAAUAAUGACAAACUUUUUUUAACAAAAACUUACACACCACCUUUAACAAGAAAAACAAAUAUCUUAGCUGUAAGGAAAUCAAAUUUGGCUGUCGAUACUUCACUUCAGUCUAAUUCUUCAAUUAAAUCAAAUACAUCAUUACGAUCAAAUACUUCAUUGAGAUCCAAUACAUUAUCGAAGUCAACUUUAAUCAAGACGCCAACCACCGUCUCAAAAUUAACACCACCAACUUCAAUUGCCACAAAAAAUAGAUUUGGAUUUUCUAAAAAUUAAAUAAAAAAUUUAAUUUAAAAAAAUAUAAGCAAAAAAUGACUGACAAUAAUUGUUUUGGAUAAAUUGAAACAUUUGUGAAAUUGUUUUUUUUGUCGUGUGCCUUAUAAAAUAAGAUAAAAAAAAAAAAUGUGCAGUCUUUCUAUUUUAAUUAAAAAACUGAUGAUAAAUUGAUAUUUGUUAAACUUCAAGAUAAUAAUAAGAUUGCAAUGAAAAUACAUGAAAUAUUUAAAUUGUUGUAUGCAUAUUAUGUACAGUAUUAUUUAUUAAAAGAAUUACAUUAUUGUGAAAAUAUUUUCUAUAUUAAAUAUUAUACAUUAAAUGAACGAUUAGAAUUUAAAUUAUGUUAAUUAGGUUAUGUAAUUCUAAUAUAGCUUGGUUUUUCAUAAAA